AUGGGGUUCAAAGUCAUUAUCGUGGGCGGUAGUGUCACCGGCUUGACCGUGGCUAAUAUGUUGGAGUGUUUCAACAUUGACUAUGUCCUCCUUGAAGCUUACCCACACAUCGCACCUCAAGUUGGUGCCAGCAUUGGUAUUUUGCCCAACGGUUUCCGUAUCCUGGACCAGCUUGGGUGUUAUGAACCCAUCAUCGACCUUGCAGGGGAAUGUCGCUACCCCCUGGGAUGCAUACGGGGACCUGAUGGUGUUCCAUUGACUGCUGCCUCAGAAACAAGCCUUUCAGUUCAUUUGGAGAAAGAAACGGGCUAUUCAUAUACUUUCAUCGAUCGACAAAUGCUACUGCAGAUUCUUCACAACAAUAUCAAGCACAAAGAUCGGAUUCUGCCAAACAAGAGAGUCACUCUUGUCGAAUUGACUAGUGACGGAGCUCGAGUUCACACCAAAGACGGUUCCACGUUCGAUGGCGAUAUCGUCGUUGGAGCUGAUGGCAUUCAUAGCAAAAUCAGAGAUGAAAUGUGGCGAAUUGGCAAGGAGCAGAGUCCUGGAUAUUUCCCCCAAGAUGAAACCUCACGUGUCCCGGUUUCAACUAGAUGUAUAUUCGGCAUCUCUAACCGGCCCCCCAAGUAUGGCACUCGAGCCCAGCAGCAGAUCAUUGGGAAAGGUUACUCCUAUCUUAUUGUUGCAGCACCUAUGAACCGAACCUACUGGUUUCUCUUCGAUGGACUCUCGAAAACUGAAUAUGGUAACGAAAUUUCGAAAUACUCCAAGGCCGACGAAGAAACACUAGUGAACGAUCGUCGCAAUGAUGUCAUUGCUGAGGAUGUUAGCUUUGGCGACUUGUACGACAAAAGGAUUAUGUCGACACUGGUUCCGCUUGAAGAAUACGUCUUUGAGAAAUGGCAUUAUAAGCGAAUCAUCACGAUCGGUGAUUCAGCUCACAAGAUUGACCCGGCAUCUGGCCAAGGAGGCAAUGGUGCUAUUGAGGCUGCAGCACUACUAGUCAACUCAAUUAUGGAACAGCUUCACUCGUCUCCCCAAGGCCUCUCUGAAACUCAAAUCGAGGCUGCCCUAGCAAAAGUUCAUACUCUGCGAUAUGAGCGAUCCUGUGAUCUGGUGUCGGGAGCACACACGUUACAGAAGAUAACAAGCCAGAGAAUGCCACUGGCUAGUCUCUAUCAAUAUCUCGUCCCAUAUUUCGGCCCAACCUCGACUGCCGACCUUAUCGUCCCAAUCUGUGCUGCUGCUCCCAAGAUCGAAGGUAUUCCCGUACCACACCGACCGCACUGUGUUCCUUUUGAAGAUGAGCUUCCUGUCAAGCCCGUCAAGAGUAAGUUGGCAAGGCGGGUUCCAUGGAUUCUUGCGAGCGGCCUUGGUAUAUCGGCAUAUCUUACGCUUGGAAAGAACUCCCUACAGGGAGCAACAUGCGUCUCUGAGGUGUUGAAGCAAUGGGGAACUGGGGGUGCUUUGGCACAAUCCGUCGGCUUAGAAUCUGCGGCUAGCCUUGCCAUCAGUUUGAUCCCGACUCUCUCCACAUGGCUGGUUGAGGGAUCUCGAAAUCGAAUCGUUCUUGAUCCUUUAUCAUGGACAUCAUUACAAUCCGGCAUAUACGCCAUGGCUGGACCAGCAUCAAUGCCCACUCUCUUCUCUCUAUCGUCUGUUCUUUUAUCCACCCCUUGUAUCACAAAUAGAGCAGUCAACACAAAGGUUGCCAGUUCUAUUGUACCAGGUAUAGCCUUGGGGUACAUAGCACCUACUCUAGGAGCGCUGAUUGCUCCCGGCACUAAGUAUAUGCCACAACUUGAUCUCAUAUGGCGAGCACACCCAGUGCUUUGCAUCGCCUUGACCCGAGGGAUCGCAGCGCUCCGAGCUGGGCGUGACAACAAGGGCAAAUCCGACGAAAGAGAAAAGAACAGCGAGAAGAAGCCAAUCGACUUCAUUUCCGACGACGAGCUUCAGAUGUAUAGCGGCGCCGAUGUGUCAACACUCAAAUGGAUCCAUGGCUCUGCCUUUGCUGCCAGUAUCAUUCUACCCCUUGCUGCAAAGCUUGCAUCAAACGCUGGUGUGAAUAUCUUCGGCAACGCUGCCGACACAAUUUUACCUAUGAUGGGUUCCGUCCCGGCGAUUAGUACUAUCAACGCCGCAUCAACCCUCGUAUACUGUCUAUACUCUGCCUGGCAGUUGCGAUCACUUGGUUUCGUCAAGACACAGCAGGCUGUCAUUGGGGGUUUUGCUUCAGUCACUGCUCUGGGUCUUGCAGGACCUGGUGCUGCUAUUGCAGGAAUGUCUUAUUGGCGGGAGUCUGUUAUCUCGGAUUUGGGAAAGUUGUAUAGCUAG